GAAUGCACCACAGCACAGUACCCACGAUGCAGCGCGGCAGUAUACAACAGAGUCAUCCUGCCAAGAGUCGAAGAAUCAAAGGUGAUGAAGACGAAUAAAAGGAUGCGGCCAAUUCAAAGAUGAUGAAGAAGAAUCAAAGACGGCGAAGUUGAAUAAAAGUGGGAACAAGUACAUAGUGCCAAAUCUGCCGAAAAGAAGAGUCGCAGUCCGUGAAGAAGGUGACGACGGCGGCGACGUAAGACUCUUCCUCUCAACAGUGACAUUUGGAGUGUUUUCCUAUUUCGAGCUGAUUAACAAGUGUCGGUCUCGACUGUGUUUACGUUUGAAAGGUAGGCAAAUACGAAGGAGGUCUGUUUGAGACCAAUGGAGCUUCUGUUUGGUCUCAAGUAGCAUCUGUAGCUAUGUAAAACACUCCAGAGCGACAGCGGCUGUUUGACAGCAGCGCAGCCGGGAGAGGAGCACUGCAGCUCGGACUCACUCAAACCGUAACACCGCUGGUGCCGGCGUCACAAGCCGCAUCGCUGUCGACACCGAGGGAGCUGCUGUUGCGUUAUGCGCUCAUGUAACGCAACAGGAGACCGACAGAAGAAAGAGAAUGGCGCAGAUUCGUCUAAGUUACAGUUAAGUGUCUUCGCUAGUAUGAUUCGACGUUUUUGGAGCCACAGUCAGCUCGCUCCUGUUUGACUUCGGACGCCACACAACUCGUGGACUUAAUCCGCCAAUAUGUCGAAAGUGCCGACUAAGAAAAAGAGCUGUUUCCAAAUCACAAGUGUGACUCAGGCCCAAGUGGCUGCUAUGGGGGCCACGGACGACACGGAGAGCCUGGAGGACCCAGACGAGUCGCAGGCUGACGAUGUUUCGGCGGAGAUUUUCAUGCCACGGACUGACUUCAAGCCGAUAUCUGUCUCGUUUCCCGCGGAGGAAACUCAACCAGGUGUUGGUGAGUCUGAUGCUCCAUCUCACAUGCUUCAGACCGGGCAGCCGUCGACCCAGCACCCCGGGGAGUUUCGUGCGCUGGGGAUGCCGGGUUCAACGCAGCCACAGGGGAUGGACAGUACAAGUGGUUUCACCUUGAUAACUCAGCCAGGAGCAUCACAACAACAGGCCUCCGUCUCUGUAAACAUAUCCCCUCCAGCUGCAGCCCCUCCUCCUAUGGUGAGUUGCACUUCACGCUUCAGGGUCAUUAAACUUGACCACGGGGCUAGAGAGUCCUUUCGACGAGGACGAUGGACUUGUACUGAGUUUUAUGACAAGGACUCGGACGUAUCUUUAGGGAGUCGGACUGUAGAAAGCAUCAGACAAGCAGCUGGAAUAUUGGAUCCUGCUGCAGACAGAGAUCUUGGACAGAUGAGAAGUUCAGUGGUGGCAAUGCCCUCCGGACAGGGUUCUGGCUCCAUGAUGGACCCUUCCCUCGCUUUUUCCCGAAUACAUUCUGUUAGUGGGUCUGGCACGCAGAGUGCGUUUACCAUCAUCAAGCCCAGCUCUGCCACCCCACAGCCUGUUCUUCAGACCUCCUCCCCCCAGGUCCUGCUCUCCGUCGGGCAGAAUACCCUGCCACAACCAGUUUAUGUACAGAAAUCACCCAUUUCGGCACCAACAUCGCAGCCAUAUCCACCUCAGCAUCUUCCCCCUGGACACCAUCUGACCAGCUUGUCACCCGGAUUAAUGCAAACCCAGACUGAGUACUAUCAGCAACCGUCCUCUUCCCUGCAGCCUCUUAUGUCCGCUGGCCCUUCAACAGCCUUUACACCUGUCUCUGGAAGUGCCCCAGCGCCAAGUCAGGGUGGACUUCUGGAAGGAUCCUUGCCUAUUGGACAGUCGGUGUCAAUGUUGCAGCAGCAAACUGGCGGGCUAGGAAGUGUCGGGGUUCAUAUCGGUGGUUCCGUUUUUCAGCCGAUAUCUGGACAUUACGCUGCUGCUGGACAACCUCAAGCCCACAGCAUCCCUACGACGCAAAAUGUACAAAACGUGCCUGUUGUUGCAGCAAGUUUUAGUGGGUCCACCAUCGAUUCCACCUCUGUGCCCAGUACCUCCAUUGCAGCCAUGCCAAAUCUUAUAACCCACCAGAGGAAGUCGCCAGGUGGUUUGGACUCGCAUGCUUUCCCACCCACUGGAUUUGGACAGGUAGAGAAUAUCGUUGGAAGACGGGUUGAAGGGCUUGUCAACGACCUGCAGCCGGAGAGUAUGCAUCUCGCCACGCCAGCUGUCAACAGCCUGUUUGGAAUCCAAAUACCCGUUGACAUAGAUGGAGAGAGGAACCCGUCCAAGGCUUUCUACCAGGCCUUCCAGUCUAGCAGCAGACUGAGGGACUCGAAAGCUCACUCUGAUAGUGCCUCUGGAAGCAAUGUCGUCGGCCUGGAUAACAAGAUUGAAAAAGCAAUGGACCUGGUGAAGAGCCACCUGAUGUAUGCGGUGCGAGAAGAGGUGGAGGUCUUAAAGGAGCAGAUCAAGGAGCUGUUUGAGAAGAACUCCAUGCUGGAGAGGGAGAACGCCGUGCUCAAGUCUCUAGCCAACAGCGAGCAGCUGGGCCAGCUGCCUGCCGACUCCACGCCGCCUCAGCCGGGACCGUCUCAGCAGCUCCAUCCAGAAGCCCAGAGUCCGCCUCAGUCCGACGUUUGCCAAAAUCACCAAGCCAACGACACCUCUGCUUAAAAAAAAAAGUGUUUCCCAUCGGACAAAGAAAAGCAUCUUCUCUGUUGUGAAAUUAAAACCGAUUCAACAAAAUGUUUGUCCUCUUGGCCACCAGCUUGUCCACAAGUGUAUGUGAGCGCGCCUGUGUGAACUCGUGACUGUGUGUGUGUGUGUGUGUGUAUACUGUGGGCCUGUCCCGUGUUGAAGCAAUCAUCAGGAGACAGACUUGGACUGAGAGAAGAUGAGCAGAGAAAGUUGUGCUGCUGGUUCUGGCCCGGCCCAGGCGGAAAGUUCCGGGACGAUUGUGAAUAAGAGAUAUUUUUUAAUGGACUGGGUUAAAGAGGCGUUUUCUGCCUUGCUGUUAAUAGUCGAGGGAGUGUUUUUUUUUGUUUUUUUUUCCGGAGCGCCACCGCUGCCGUGUGUUUGACAUAGUUCAAGUCUUCAUCACUUUUUGAGUUUUACUGUCAAGUGUUUAUUUAUUAGCAGCUGCUCUUUCGUUUCAGUAGCCUCAUGACAAUUCGUGUUUGACGUAAUUGGCCUGAAUAAAAACCCAACUGGC